GUCGUAGUUUGGUGAUCCGCCUCCGUAAACACACAACACAAAUACUCUUGAUAUCUUACAAGCUUCGUCUGCAAUCUGCACUCGCUUUGGAUCUCAAUCUCAGCCUCAACCUCAGCUCACGGUGAUACGUCUUGAAAUCUAAUGGAAAACGAUAAUAAGAAGAAGAAAAACAAGAAGAAGAAGAAUAAGCAGGCUAAGAAUGCGGAAUCUUCAACUGCUGCUGCUACUGCUACUGUGGCAGCAUCAGUUUCCGCUGAUCAGUUAACCAAUGGUUUUGAUCAGCAUAAUACCUCUCAAGCUCAACAUACGUCACAUCCAAGUGCAGAUCUGGACAGACAUGGUGUUAAAGCUAGCAAUGCAAGCGCUGAACAGGUCAAACAAUUAGAAAUGGAAAAAGAGGCUUACAUGAAUAAAGAGAAUGACUUGGAGCUCAAGUUCUCAAAAUUACACAGUGAAAAAGAGAACUGGCUACAGAAAGAGGCCAUCCUCGAAGAAAAGAUAAAACAACUACAAAGGGAAAAAGAACAACUACAAAGGGAAAAAGAUGAAUACCUUGAAAAAGAGGCUGGGUACGAAGAAAAAAUCAGUCAAUUGGUAAAUGAAGUUUCUACCACAAGUUCAAAGGAGUUUUUAUUAAAAGAAAAGAUCAAACAGCUGGAGACAGAGAGAGAAUCGUGGGCUCAGAAGGAGAGUUCUACUACAGAAACAGUUGCUGGCCUAAUUGCUGACAACACAAGACUACGUGCUCAGGUAAUGGAGUUGGAAGAAUCCCAGAAGAAUCUCUUUCAAGAGAACCAGCAACUACUAGAAAACAUAUCAGGCCUGCAGAAACAGAUACAGAGUUCAGCUCAUUUAUCCAGUGAAAUUGGAGAGAUGGAAAAUCAGCACAUUAAAUCGGAGAUGCUUGCUGCACAAACAAUGGUCGAGAAAUUGCUCCUUGAAAAAGCAGAGCUUGUUGAGAAGUUGAAUGCUGAGCGUGAUCGACAGGGCACAAUGGCUGAAUUGUCUUCAUCCAGUGUUUCUGGUCCAGUGGCUAGCACAAUCAAACUUGCUCAUAAUGUUGAAAAUUCAUCUGUUAUCUCCGAUUCAACAGAUAGAAUUUUGAGUGUACCUGUUGCAGAGUCUUCAGCUCUUAAACCUGAUCCAAUAUCUGGUACUCCUGCAAAGCUUGAAGGAGAAGUUGUUGAUGAUGCCUCUGGUGAGUCUCAACCUUUAUUAGAAGAGAAAACGAGGCCUGUUGAAAGUGGUGAAGUUUUCCGAGAGGAGUUGUGCAGUCAUUCCAACCACAACAACACUCCAACUCUAGAUACCGAAAUCACUAUUUCUACAGAAACUGAGCAAAUUCCAUCAGAAGAUAGUGAUACAAGUGGCACAAACCUGUCGCUGGAAGAUUCUAGUAGUAAUGAGAAGUUAACUGUGCCAAUAUCAGAUGCUCCAUUGAUUGGUGCUCCAUUUCGAUUCAUAUCUUUUAUGGCUAGGUACGUUAGUGGUGCUGAUUUGGUCAAUCAGAGUCCUUAAAUUCUUGGAUGAUAACCUCCCACCAUUAUCUGGUUGCAAUGAUGUUUUUGUAUUUUUAGUGAAGUAGUUAAAGAAAGCAUAGAUUAAAGAUUGGAACGAAUAAGGUCAUGUUUUAGAUGCUUAGUAAUAGGCAAUAUGUUAACGACUUGAGUUAGAGAGGGUUCAUUGCUAUGUUGACCCCAUUUCUCAUGUAAAACCACACAUAAUUGACUAAAACAUUCAUUUUGCCC